GAAAUGAACCAAACAAACAAGAAGAACGAACAGUGAGGUUCCCGACGAUUGCAACCGACUUCAUGAAUGAACUAGAGAAGCUAAGCUUGGACUCGUGGAAACGUCUGGUGGAAUGUCUGGCAGUGAUAAAGAACGAGUUCCUGUGCGACAGAAUGAUAGAAGGUUCCCAAGCGUCGUUGAACCGAAAGAAGGCGAAGUUAAUGUCAGUGGAAGAGGAACAUGUGAAACUGGCACAGUCAGAGACAACAAUGGUAACAACGCUAAACGCCCGUCGUCGCCUAAUUGAAGACUCAAACAAGGCCGAAAAGGCAGCAAUGACGAGACUACGAAAGGCCUUUACGGCAAUAACAAAAGUGGAUCGAGAUCACCUAUUGCGAGGUUUUACGGAACCAACAGAACUGUUCCUAAGUUUGAACAAUAAUGACGAAGUAAAGAACAUCGGCGAUACAAUCGAAAUAAAGUUGGGAAACGUAACGCUACACGUGGGAAAGGAAAGAGCACUAGAAAAAAUCUGGCGUGAAUCCUUAAAGCUACACGUAGAACCCGAUGUGGAAAGAACAGAUAUGUCACAAAUGGAAGUAAUUGAGGGCGGAACAAUUAACCUGGGAACCAUCGAAGCGUCCGCCGUGUUCAUUCUGGACAAGGAAGAUCCCAAAGAAAACGAAGUGGAGGCGUUAAUGAACCCGAGCGCAAUUGCACUAGGGCCAAGAACAAGGGACGGAUACGGAUUCGUGCACUUGUCGAUGAUCUUCAGGAUUUCAAAAUUCUUUCCGAUCUCACCACCGAAUUAUUUUGCCAACGUAGCGGCAGAAAUGGGAUUGACGCAUGAAAUCUACGGAGAACUGAAAGGGAAGAACAUUGAUCUGCCUAUCCCAGGCACA